GUUGCAUCACAUCAAAACACCGUUCCAGAGGACCAUCUGGAAAAGUCUACUAUAGGCAUCAGCACUAUGUUUGAAGACCCUGCUUUGCAAGGCUGCAGCCGUCCUGCAAGUGACGAACAAGCUGGUGAGGACGUCCUACAUAAGACAUGCGAGCAAGGCUCCCUCAUGACGGCAAGCCAUGCUGCUAAAGCAAGCCUACAACAGAUGUCUGGCUGCAACACCCCUGUGAGCGAGCUAGGUGCAACGACCUCCCAGGUGGAUAUGUUUGGCAGCAGUUCUACAGAGGAUGAGCGUUGUGCUGUUGAUGAUGCCAUUUCCGAGGUGUCCCCAAGCGCCAACAUUUUCGAUUCAGCUGAAAGACCAGUAGGAAACUAUCCCGUUGCUUGGAAGAGCGCAGUGAGGAGCUCUCCGUCAACAAAAUUUAGGGCGACCGUCCGGCGACUGCAGUCCAAGCUAGCAAGAUGCCAGCGGACCAUCAAACGGUUGCAGAAGAAGCAGAGCAAGCUACCGCCAUCCAUUUCGAAGGCACUGGGCAUUAUUCGUCCAUCAGUGACAGAGGAGGUUUUUAAGCUUUUGUGUACACACCUGCGAUUGCAGCAGAGGGGAAAAGGCAAGCGCUUCCCUAUCUGGCUCAAAAAGUUUGCCUUGCAUUUGAACUUCCGUGGACCCCGUGCAUACCGUUUUUUGGCACCAAUUUUCUCUUUGCCAACACAGCGUACUCUGAGACGCUGGUUGUGCAACUUUAGGAUGUCACCAGGAGUGAUUCCCGGAAUUAUUCAAAGUAUUUCUGCUAGCACUCACGCAUGGAAUGAGCGCGACCGAGUAUGCACCCUCAUGUUUGAUGAAAUAGCUUUGAAAAAGAACUUACCCUAUGAUGCCGGUGAAGAUAUUGUGCAUGGGUUUGCAGAUGAUGGCAUCGAGCGGUCAUCAAGUAUUGCCGACAGAGCCAUGGCUGUGCUUCUGGCAGGUAUAUCUAAGAGGUGGGUUCAGCCAGUCGCAUUUACGAUAGGACAUGGGCAAAUGUUAUUGAUAAAUUACUAAUCUCGAUUAUUGAGCAACUUAAAGCCGUCAGAAUUGUUGUCAAAGCGGUAAUCUGUGACCAAGGCACGUCAAAUGUCAGCUUG